AUGUUUCGGUCCCUGGCUGGGGACGUCCCACCAGCGCCGCGGGGUUCCCCGAGAGCGUUACUUUAUUCGGACGCAAUUGCUUACGCAAUUGUCAGGAAGCAAGUGGCGUUCUCGGACGGCCUACACGCGGCGGUCCGGGCGUACCUGGACAGGGUCGAGGCAGAGUUAAGGGCCGAAGGCUUGCUAAGCACUCCCUUGACGCAGGACGAGUCGGCUGUUGCUCAUAGCAACAUUGCACGCUCGACCCCCCUACGUCGCCCCCGACCCGAAUCCCCUUCUUCACCCGACCGCGAGUCCAAAAGGCCCUGCCAGGACUCGGCCUUCCCGUCCCUCCCGGAUCCCCUCUCUCAGCGGGACCCUCGGUUGCGGCGUAGGCUCGCGCUCCCCGUCACGGAGCCCGCCGCUACUGCCGCGCCCGUCGCGCCACCCGCGCCAGCCUCGCGCGCCGUGCCUCCGGCGCCUGCCUCGCGCGCCGCACCGUCCGCGCCCGCCGCCGCACCUACCGCCGCGCUCGCCGCGCCUGUUGCGCCCGCCGCCGCGCGUAUCGCGCCCGCCGCCGCGCUUGCCGCGCCCGCCGCCGCGCCUACCGCCGCGCCUGUUGCGCCCGCCGCCGCACUUGCCGCGCCCGCAGCCGCGCCUACCGCCGCGCUCGCCGCGCCUGUUGCGCCCGCCGCCGCGCCUGCGCCGUCCUUUGCGCAGAUGGCCGCCGCUCCUACAGUGGGACGCCAACCCACCUCGCCUCAACCGAGAGUCCAAAAAGCCGCCACAGAGAGGUGUAACGGUGGAGGCGUGGCGAGGGAAAAGCGGGCCGUCGCAAUGCCAUAG